AGGAAUUUUCAUAACUUAAUCCUGAAAAUUUCCUUCACAACAAAUUGUUUUUGUUUUCGUUGUUUACCAAAAAAACACCAACACUUUCAUACUCUCCCGUGCACUAACAGCAUAAUCUUUUCAAAACAAGAUUUUCCCGCUCAUUUUCUUUCCUACCAAGCAAUGGAGUUUCAGUUGUGCACGAGCGACCCUUUGAAUUGGAACUUCGCGGCGGAGUCUUUGAAAGGGAGUCACCUGGAUGAAGUUAAGCGCAUGUUGGAGGAGUUCAGGAAGCCAGUGGUGAACCUCGGGGGGGAGACGUUGACGAUAGGCCAAGUGACGGCGAUUGCCAGUCAUGAUUCCGGCGUGCGGGUGGAGCUCUCGGAGGCGGCGCGUCCCGGCGUCCAGGCUAGCAGCGACUGGGUGAUGGAGAGUAUGAACAAAGGGACGGAUAGCUACGGAGUGACCACUGGCUUCGGUGCGACGUCGCAUAGGCGAACGAAGGAAGGUGGCGCCCUGCAGAAGGAGCUUAUCAGGUUCUUGAAUGCUGGAAUUUUUGGCAAUGGUACCGAAUCCUGCCACAUUUUGCCUCAUUCUGCAUCAAGAGCGGCGAUGUUGGUGAGAAUCAACACCCUGUUACAAGGAUACUCAGGUAUCAGGUUUGAUAUCCUGGAAGCCAUCACCAACUUCCUUAACCAUAACGUCACCCCGUGUUUGCCACUCCGUGGCACAAUCACUGCAUCGGGUGACCUGGUUCCGUUAUCAUACAUUGCCGGACUCUUGACCGGAAGGCCAAACUCGAAGGCAGUUGGGCCAAAUGGGCAAGUCCUGAAUGCCAAUGAAGCCUUUCAACUUGCUGGUAUCCAUGGUGGAUUCUUUGAGUUGCAACCUAAAGAGGGUCUUGCUUUAGUGAAUGGCACGGCUGUUGGUUCUGGCUUAGCUUCAAUGGUGCUUUUUGAGGCUAACAUACUUGCUAUUCUAUCAGAAGUUUUGUCAGCAAUUUUUGCAGAAGUUAUGAAUGGAAAACCUGAGUUUACUGAUCACUUGACACAUAAAUUGAAGCACCAUCCGGGCCAAAUUGAAGCUGCAGCUAUCAUGGAGCACAUUUUAGCUGGCAGCAGUUAUGUUAAAGCAGCUCAAAAGUUGCAUGAGAUUGAUCCUCUUCAGAAGCCAAAGCAAGAUAGAUACGCUCUUAGAACAUCUCCUCAAUGGCUAGGCCCACAGAUUGAAGUGAUUCGUGCUGCGACGAAAAUGAUCGAGAGAGAGAUCAACUCUGUGAAUGAUAAUCCAUUGAUUGAUGUUUCAAGAAGUAAGGCACUACAUGGAGGCAAUUUCCAGGGGACCCCAAUUGGUGUUUCCAUGGAUAACACACGUCUUGCCAUUGCCUCCAUUGGUAAACUCAUGUUUGCACAAUUCUCCGAGCUGGUCAAUGACUUCUACAACAAUGGAUUGCCUUCAAAUCUUUCUGGCGGUCGCAAUCCAAGCUUGGAUUAUGGAUUCAAGGGUGCCGAAAUCGCGAUGGCAUCUUACUGUUCUGAACUCCAAUUCCUUGCCAAUCCUGUCACCAAUCAUGUCCAGAGCGCUGAGCAACACAACCAAGAUGUGAACUCUUUAGGCCUUAUUUCUUCAAGAAAAACAGCUGAAGCUGUUGAUAUAUUGAAGCUCAUGUCCUCUACUUAUUUAAUUGCUCUAUGCCAAGCCAUUGACUUGAGGCAUUUGGAGGAGAACUUAAAAAACACUGUGAAGAACACAGUAAGUCAGUUGGCCAAGAAACUCCUGACAAUGGGAUUCAAUGGCGAACUUCACCCAUCAAGAUUCUGCGAAAAAGACUUGAUCAAAGUUGUGGACAGGGAAUACGUUUUUGCAUACAUUGACGAUCCCUGCAGUGCAACCUACCCAUUAAUGCAGAAACUAAGGCAAGUCCUAGUUGAACAUGCCAUGGCCAAUGGUGAAAAGGAGAAAAACUCAAGCACUUCAAUUUUCCAGAAGAUUGCAGUCUUUGAGGAGGAACUGAAAACCCAGCUUCCCAAAGAUGUCGAAAGCACAAGGAUCGAAAUUGAGAAUGGAAAUGCAGCAGUUCCAAACAAGAUCAAGGAAUGCAGGUCCUAUCCAUUAUACAAAUUUGUGCGAGAAGAACUUGGAACAAGUUUUCUAACUGGUGAGAAAGUAAGGUCACCGGGUGAGGAAUUUGACAAAGUUUUCUCAGCAAUGUGUGCAGGAAAGUUGAUUGAUCCCAUGAUGGAAUGUUUAAAGGAGUGGAAUGGAGCUCCUCUUCCUCUCUGCUAGGAUGUGCCUACUAAACAAAAAGGAUACUUUUUUUUUUCUUGAAUAUAAUUUUAUUUUAUUUUUUCAUGUGCUUCUGGACUUGAUUACAUGUUAAUUUGUACUUGAAAUAAACUUGUUAAUCCAACUGUAAUACCUGCCUGGUUUAUACCCUUUUUUUUAAUUUAAUAUUUGUUUCAGUGAAUGUAACAAACAAAUGUAAUGGUAAUAGCAAGUCAUAGUGUAUUCAAUUCAUCCAUUCAGUUUUCUCUCA